AUGUGGUUUUUCGGCGGUUCUGUUACAAAGAUAGCAUUAGGACCUCCCACUUUCGACAUAUUUUUAAUGACUCCUGAAGUUAACAACUCGGCAGCCCAGCGUGUACCUAGCACGGUGGCUCGGACCAUACUGGUGUUGAAGUACCUCGCGGAGCUUGAUUUAUCUCCGAAACAGUUCAUGGUCACUUUUAUGUCAUCUUCUGAGCCUGUGAUUAAAUAUCGCCGAAGGCUCAUGAAGACUGGACGGGGGUUCGAGCAAACCCGAUCGAUAAUUACAAACUUUGGGAAACACUCCAAGUCUUGUGAGGAAGGGCGAGCUGCGUGGGAGUCAUUGAUUUUGGAUGAGGUCAGUUCGGCCAUUGGUGCACCGUUUCAAUGGGGUGAAAUUAAAAUUCACCGAAGCUUGUUCAUUAUCUUGCAGGCUUCAGAAAUUGUGAAUGAGCAAGAAUUGGCUCGGGGGCAUUUUCCAUUGGGCGCAUAUGUGAAACUGGCACUGAAUCAGACACACCUUGAUGACGUCGAAGACGACCUCUCCCAAGAAGGUCCCCCGUUGCAUCCUGACUCAAACACAUCGAGUCAGGCCACUGACGCAGGCGAUGCAGAAGAAGCCACGGUGUUGUCCAUGGAAAAUCUCGUCUUCGUCAAGCCGUCGGCGAAAGACCUAGCUGCUCACAAGUUGGCCAAGGCAAAGUGUACCUCGGAAGCCGCCAGAUUGGCGACUUUCUUGGACGCCAUGGCCAAGGCAGACCGCUCAGCUGUCGAAGGCCAUCAAGGAUUAUGUAGAACACAUACCUGGGGUCCCUGGCGCACAUCAGUUCGGCUCUCUGGAUACGAAACCGCCCUCUGUCGAUCCAAUCGACAUGCACCAACCUAA